GAAGUUGGCUCAGACGACGACGACAGCGCUCCUGCAGCUCCUCCAGUGCCGAUCCGCAGCUGGAACCUCUGGCACAGGCACAGGCACAAGUGCGAGUGCAGGAAACCGGAGCGGAAAUUCACUGGGCGGAUGUCAAGUCCAAGUUCAGGCCGUGUUCCUUUACCGAGUUACCCCGUAACUAAAUAACCGUGUUUUGCUCUCAAGUUCCGGCGGCAUUCGCACGUGAUCCCCCAGUAAUAUUACAAGUCCCAGUUCGAGCUGGAGUAUCUUCACCCCCGCGCGGGACAGCGAUUAACAUAAAUUUGCACUCGUUGGCCAACUGCGAAAGCUGUCAUCAUUCUGGAUUUUACAAACAACUUCCGACGGAAGGUCGGUCGGACAACAGCUGCCACUGGGGCCAAAUUGGGAAAUUGCUUUAACCAACUUUUCGUCUAUUUCCGUAGGAGUUGGAUAUGUCAUUUCUGGCUACCUUGGACGCAAGUGCCUGGCAGGAACGCCUCAGUGGUCAUGGGAGUCUAGGGCUGUCCAGCGGCAGUGCGGCGUACACAACGCAUUCCGGCGGACACACGGGGCGCAGCGGACCGGCCACGGGACACAGUGGGCACAGUAGCACCCAUGGCUCGGCGGCCACCAUGCACCACCAAUCGCUGCAGUCCGACUUCCAGCCGCCGUACUUUCCGCCCCCCUUCCACCACUCCACCCAGAGUCCCCCCCAGCAACAGAUAUCCGGCUACUUGCAGAACCACGGGGCCCUCGAGUACUUGGGCACGGACCCGUACGGCCAGCCCCUCUCCUCGCUGCACCACGCCCCACUGCACCACUACAACCAGCUGGCGGGACUGCGGUCGACGCAGGACCAACUGGGGAUCCACAGGACCCACAGAGAGGCUGAGCUGCAGGGACAUGUUACCCAACUGUCACAUGGAUUCCCGUACACGGAUAGGAGAAGUGAUUACGGUAGUGCAAUAUCGGCGGGAGCUGCCCACGGAACCAGACUUGGCCAUGAGCACGAGUCCCUGGCGUUGCAUCAAGCCCUUCAAAACGCGGUCGAUGAUGUCCAAGCUCCUGCCCUCGACGACAAUGUGGCGUUUAUGUCGGACUUGCCGCUUAUAAAGAGCAUGAAAAGCGGAAAGGAAGCCGGGAACAUUGGAUCGGGUUCGCCCAGCGAGGUAUUCUGUGCAGUCCCUGGUCGCCUCAGCCUCCUAUCGAGCACCUCGAAAUACAAGGUCACCAUAGCCGAAGUGCAGCGACGCCUGUCGCCCCCAGAGUGCUUAAACGCCUCCCUACUGGGCGGAGUGCUUCGAAGGGCCAAGAGCAAGAACGGCGGUCGCCUGCUGCGGGAGAAGCUGGAGAAGAUCGGCCUGAACUUGCCGGCCGGCAGGCGAAAAGCGGCCAACGUGACGCUCCUGACAUCCUUGGUGGAGGGGGAGGCAACGCACCUGGCCAAGGACUUUCAUUUCGUGUGCGAAACCGAAUUCCCCGCCAGGCAGCUGGCCGAGUACAUUGUGCGCCACCAAACGGAGCCGCAGGACUCGUACCGACGGAAAGAGCUCAUUCUUCACUCCCAGCAGAUUACAAAAGAGCUUAUGCAGAUCUUAAGCCAAGAUCGAACGACUCAUUUCGGCACGAGAUCACAGCAUUUGUUGGAGCCGUCGAUGCAACGCCACUUAACACAUUUCUCCUUGAUAACGCACGGAUUCGGAUCGCCCGCAAUUAUGGCUGUUCUGCAUGCUUUCCAGACAUUUUUGAAUGAAUCAUUAAACUAUUUGGAAAAGCUGUAUCCUUCGAACGGUGGCGGGAUGGUUUCGUCAUCGUUGGAUAAAAGUAAAAUUGACAACGAAAAAAAAUGAUAGGCUAUGUUGUAUAUUGCCACAGAUUAAAGCAAGCCGUAAUUUAAGAUUAACUUUCCAUACAUUAGGUACAACGUCGAUAAAAUAAUAAAAUUCCUGUAAAUUAAUUUAUUUAGUUAAGUGUAAAUUAUUGGACAUUUUGUAUAUCUAUAACUGUAAUUUGAAUGUACAAUAUUCAAAUAUAUUAAAUACGUAUAAUUUAUUUAACUUAGAAAAAUACAUCGACUUUUUGUCAAAAGCACAAAGCUUUUUACAACUAAUUCAAACAAAAAUCUUUACAAAUACACUUAUUUGUAUGUAGAAACGAUUGAAACG